GUGUUUAUAUUUUUUUUUCUUCUUCGCUAGUCAAGUGAAAUUUUCUUCUUGUGAAAAAAUGUGAAAUUUUCAAGGAAAUAUUGUUAAGAAAAUUAUAAAAAUAAAGAAAAAAGAGUGCUAAAGGUGCAUUUAAUACAAUUUUAUAUAAAAUGCUUGCCAUAAAGCAUGAGAAAUAAAAAGCAAAUGUUAAUGCAAAAAAGUUGUGUAAAAAUUACAGAAAAGAAAAAAAUCUCCAACAAGAAUUAAGGAAAAAAGAAAAAAGUAUUUAUGCGUGUAGGUAAAAUAAAAAAAGAAAAAAAUAUAUAUUAAUCCAAAAAGGUGCUGCGCCUCUUUUUCUAUUUACCACAAAAUAAUAAAGUGUUAAUUUAAUUUUUGUUAAUAAUAAAUCAAAUAAAAGAAAAAUUAAGCAAUACCUGAAGAAAAUAAGUAAAAAAGGAAAAAAAUGUUAAAACAAGCCAGCAGCAAAUAAAAAAUACACAAAAAGUGUUUUACAAAAAAAAAAAAAAAAAUGGUGACAAGUGCAUUGUAAAGAAAUCAAACAGAGCUGAAGAAAAAUAGAAAAAAAUAAAAUAAAAAUCAACAGAAAUUGAAAAUGUCAAUUUUCAUUUGACAAAAUCUGUAUUUAAAAGACUAAAAUAACUUCCCAAUAAACAGGAGAAAAAUCAUUAUUAUGCUGUUCUCAUAGUUGGGACAACUUAUUUUUCUUAAAAAAAAUCACAAUUAAAGUUUAAAAUAGAAAUUACAAAUAGCAAAGAAAAUGUUUUGAUUAAAAGCUUUAAAAAACAAGCAAAGAGAGUUGAGAGAUUAGAAACCGCGUUUGCUACAAACAAACAGCAUAAAAACACAAACUACGUCAUAAGGUUUUCUAAUCUCUUGCUGAUUGCAUUAUCGUCGUCAUUUGCCCCUCAACCUAACACACACACAUACGCAAAAUAGCCAACAACAAAUACAAAAACAAACACAUUUACAAUGGGUGCCAAUGCAUCGACUGGUAGUUAUCCGCCUGUAAUGACAACAUCACAAGGUCAUUCAUCUGGCGGAGGUGGUAGUGGUGGUAUGCCAGCAGGUGCAAGUACUAGUACAAGUUUAUUACUACCUACCACAGGGGCCAAUUCAUUACUAUCCGCUUCGCUAGGCGGUCCGGGUGGUGGUGGUCCCCAUUUUCGGGAACAACGACGUAAACGUGUUACGGGUUUUGCCACCCUUAAACGUAAAUUCAUAAGACGACGGCGUUCUUCAAAAGCCUGUGAUCAUGCUAGAGUGCUGAGAGAUUUUGUUUCGGAUUGGACUCCCUUAGAGCUGGCGGCAUUGUGUGAAGAAUAUGAAGCUUUGGCAGCACUAAGGGAUUUAUCGAUGCAAGCCGAGCUAGCACGGCCUCCCGCUACCACUUACAAACAAGAUCUUGCGGCUCUUUUUGAAACGAAGACUUGUACAGACUGUGAUCUCGUCUUCCGUGGCGCCAUAUUUCCCGUGCACCGUUGUAUACUCUCCUCACGUUGCACAUAUUUUCGUGAUCUUUUAGCCGGUUGCCCCGGCUUUGGUGCUCGUAUUUGUCUCGAGCUACCCACCUCACCCAUAGAUGUUCAAAUGUUUGCCUCCCUAUUAAGAUAUCUCUAUACCGGCGAUCUAUGUCCUCAUGAUGCCAGCAUGGAUAUUGGUCUGUUGCGUCAACUAGGCGAUGAUUUCGGUACGCCCAAUCCCCUCGAACAUGAUUUGCGUUAUCUGCUCGAAACGGGAGAUUAUGCUGAUGCUGCUUUGGUGUUCACCUCCGAGAAUGGUGGCGGUGGUGGAGGCGGUAUUAGUGGUUCUUCAGCCAUGGGUGUAGUGGGUUUGGGUGGCGAAUACAAUCGACCCGAUUCGGGGAAUUCAGAAUAUGGUUUCCGACCGAAACUGGAAUUACCUUGCCACAAAGCGAUUCUAAGCGCGCGAUCGCCUUUCUUUCGUAAUCUCAUAGCUAGACGAACACGUAAUAUGGAUGCUGAAUAUGCAGAGCGUGCUCUGCAUGUGCCGACGCGUAUAGUGUUGGAUGAAACCGUGAUACCAAAACGUUAUGCUCGUGUUCUUUUACAUGCCAUUUACUUGGAUACCGUAGACUUAACAUUAAUUUUAAGGGGAGCAAAUUCGGGAACAGCAGCGGCUGGUUCGCUGGGUGAAGUUCAUGCCUUGACGGCGGGUCGAACACGACCGACACCGCUCGAGGAGGCUAUGGAAUUAUAUCAAAUUGGUAGAUUUUUAGAAUUGGAUAUUUUAGCACAAGGUUGCGAAGAUCUCAUAUUGGAGUGGCUGACCUUGGACACUCUGCCAACGGUGCUCAAGUGGGGAAGUCAGCCCCAUGGUUCUGCGUGGGUUUUCCGUCAAGCUUGCCAAUAUUUACGCGAAGAAUUCUCUGCAGUUAUCUCAUCACCUGUUUUGCAUCAACUCGAUAAAUCACAACUUAUUCACGUUUUGCAAUCGAAUUUUUUACAAGCUUCCGAAUUGGAAGUUCUACAGGCUGUACUCAAAUGGGGAGAACAGGAGCUCAUACGGCGCAUGGAGGAUCGAGAACCGAAUCUCUUAUCGCACACUGCCCAUUCGGUAACACGUAAAGGUGUCAAGAAACGUGAUCUAAGUGAUGUAGAACUAAGAGAAAUACUCUCAGACCUUUUGCCAUUAGUGAGAAUGGAUCAUGUCUUACCGCCUAAUAGUGAAGUGUUGGCCCAGGCAAUACGUCGUGGCCUAGUGAGUACACCGCCCUCGCAUAUGAUUGGCGAUGAACGCGAGAAUUUACGUAUCAAUGCUUGGAUAAGGGGAGGGAAAAAUCAAGGCUUAUUUGUUAGGCCUCGCCUAUUUAUGCCAUAUUUUGAAGAGGUGAAGGCAUUACUGGAAGAUCGCAUGACUUCAUCACAUCAUCAAGCUGAGUUAAUGAGAAUGCGUCGUUCUCGGCAAAUGCCCGACAUACCUGAUACUCUGUAUAUGGUUUCUCGAAUGAAUGCCGCCUCGAAUAGUGGUGUAGGCAAUACGGGGGUGGGUUCUGGUACCGAUACUGUGGAUAUCUUAGCUGCUGCCGCUGCUAUACCACCACCCGAUACACAAACCUUGGCUGCUAUGCUAAAACGUGAACAUAAACUACGGCAAUCACCCAUGUGCCAGAGGGCUUUACAUCUGCCUCUUUCGUCCAAACAUGAAAUCGAUAGACAAAUACGUUUGCGUGUGGUAAGAGAGUUCAAUCUACCCGAUGCUGUAUCGGAUCUACUAGAGACAUCACUACUUAGCAAUACCCGCAAUGUUCAAGAUGAAGUACAAAAUAUGGCCGACUCUACGACCACGGUGCAGUCCGUCGACGACUGUUGUCUGCUGGAGGAUGAUGAUCAAUCGCCACCACCCUCACCGGCAGCAGCCUCAGCCGGUUCAGUGCCUAGACACUCGGCCAUGGGCGCUAGUUAUCUAUCGUCUUCGGUGGGCUCGACUGCCGGCUCAACAUCAUGUGGUGCAGCCUCAACAUCUGCGGCCGAUGGUCUGCCUGCCUGUUAUACCAGAAAUUUAACAUUCCCCCGUCAACAUGCCGCCGGUUUGUUGGGUUUAGGUUUUGGUUCUGGCGUCGGCAUGGGCUCGGGAUUGCCUCAUAAUUUUGCUAGACUUUCAGCGUCAGCACAUCAUCGCAAUGAUUUGCCCGCCCUUAUAACCGAAGGUGAUUAUCGUGGUUUUGCUCAUGGCAGUGCCUUAGGUCUGGAUAUGGGCGGUGCUGAGGGUGGUGCUAUGGGUUGUUCAGAUGGUCCUAACGCUGGUCAUUUAUCGGAUAUGAUGCCUGAUGUUGCUAUGGCCACGGCUUCGUUGGGACAGCUACAUUUAGCGAAUGCUAGUAGUUCGGCCAGUAGUACGAAUGAUAUGCCUGAGUCUUUGCAAUUGGAUUUGGGUGAUGGUUCGAGUCAUAUAAUGGGUGCUGGCGGAGGAGGUGGAGGAGGAGGAGCCGCAGUGGGACCAAUGGGAGGUUUGCGGGGUUUACAGCAUCAAUUACCUCCUAAUAAUUAUCAUCAUUUUAUGCAACGUUCAAAUUCACCCUUUGAUGUAUUGCGUCAGGGACAACAUUCACCGGCACCUGCAGCACAACAACAUCCACCACCUGGGACGUACAAUACAGGACCACCACGUUUCUUAUAGAGUUUGCGUGUGGCCCCCGAUGAGGGCCUUUAUUUUAGCAUGCCUUUUUAAUUAAACCAACAAAAAACAAACAAAACCAACCUAUAAAAAACAA